GAUUAUUUUAUUUUUACGUGACCGUCUUUCACAUAAUUAUAAUGAACGUUUCUUAAAUCGUGUUUCAAGAAUACAAUAAAUUCUAAAUCAUUAUUUAAUAUAAAAAAUAUCUACUUUAGUAUUUUUUUUUUAAUAAUCUUAUGCUAUAAAGUUAAAUACUACAAUGAAUCAAUCUAAACACGAUGGACAUUUUGAAUCAAUUAGAUAUCAAUUGGAUGCACUUGGUUAUCGACAAUACAUGUCACCUGAUUCUAUUGGUCUUGUUAGUCAGCUAGUAGCUGACUUAUUGCACACAACUGAUAGUUUGAAACAAUAUAAAAACAUUGCUCAAAACACUCUUGAGGUUGCUCGAAAUCUGGAAGCUAAGUCUACACCUUACAUACGAGAUAAUUGUUCACUUAUACAAGAAUAUAAUAAAUUGCAAACUAAACUCAAAAAAGUACAUGAAAAUGAAAAAUGUAAGCUACAUUAUGGUAUUUAAACCAAUAACUUUGUUGAUUGCAUAUACCUAUUAACUAGUUAAUAGGUCUAUGGAUUAAUGUAUUUAUAUUUGUAUUAAAUAUAAUAGUUUGUUUAAGUCAAUUAUAAGCCAUCAUUAAUAUCUAUAAUCUAAGUAUUACAAUUAUUUUAGUAUAGUAACCUAUCAAUGUUCUCUUAAAUGUGAGUUCCACAGUAAAUUGACAAAAUUUCUCAGGACAAACUUUAUCGUUUAUUCUAAAUGAGUGGACCAAAUCUUGUAUUUUUUUUUUUACACAGACCCAUUUAAAGUCAACCGAACUUAAAAUUUAUUGUUGUGUUUAUAAAAUCUUUAAUUGAAUAAACUACUGCAACUAAGUUUUACACCACUAAAUAAACCUUGGUCUACUAUAAUAUUUUAUAUUUUAUUUUAUUAAUCUUAUUUUUUGAACAGACUUAUUCACACAUACACUCAUGAAAAAAAGGAAAGACAUUUGUCUGUGGAUAUUGUCUUGGAUUCAAAUUUCAGGUGUAAAAAAACAUACAUUUCUGAAAAAAAAAAAAAACUAUAUGUUGUUUAUCCUUUUAGUAUUUUAAAUUUGGUUUACUAAGUGUGCUCAUGUAUUAAGUGGUUAAUGGGUUGAACAAAAUCAAAUAUUUUUAGUACCAAAAUGUAUUUAAAAAAAUAUCACAUCUAUUUAUGGAAUUUUUAAUAUAGGUUCUCAUUUGAAAAACCAAAGUUGGUAUCACCACACCUUAAAUGUUGUAAAAAAUCUAAGUAUUUGAAAAAAAAUAUCGGCUUUAAAUACUACACUUAAAAAUUCUAAAACCCAGAAUUUAAAAAUAUGCAAUAUUCAACCAAAAAUAUGAGGUGCUCAAUAAGCGUUGAAUAAAUCAUCCAGUAUAUAAUAUUUUACGCCAUGUAGGUAGUUUUUAAUACAUUUAAAUCACCCUAAAACUGAUCAAUUAAUGCUACCCUUAUUAAAUAUCUCAACAAUAUUUGAAUAAAUAAACAGAAAGUCCCAUAAAAAUGUAAUUAAUAUUAAUGCGAAAAUAAAAAACAUUAUCAUUGUCUUAAGGAAUUUAAAUAAGUAUUAAGACUAUUUGGUUAAUUUAUUAAAUUACUUUUUUUUUAAGUACUUGAACAAAAAAUUUCUAUAUUGGAAUCUGAGAAAAAAGAAUGGGAACAAGAAAAUGAAAAACUUCUUCAAAAUGUUAAAGUUUUGGAAGAUGAAGCAGUUUUAAAAAAUGCCAAACUUUUAGAAUUAGGAAAUUUAUUUCUAAUACCCCAAAUUGAAAUUAAAAGUAAUACAUUGUUUUAGCAUUCUAAAGAUAUUUUACACUUAAUUCAAUUAUUGUUAUUUCAGAUAAAAAAUUAAAGUCUUUCAGACCUACAAUAGAAGUUGAUAAUUUUAAUAAUCUGACAAAUGAAAAAAUAAAUAAAAACACUGCUAAUUUAAAAAAUGAUUUGUUAGAAAAAAAAGUAGAAGAACUUGAACAAGAAAUUUUACAUUUAAAACAAUAUAUUAAGGAUAUAAAAAAUCAAGUAAAUAUAUUAGUUACAUAAACAGAAAGUGAAUAAUAUAACCAUUUUUUAAAAUCGGAUAAUAAGGUCACAGUGGUCGUUUUAGAAAUUUGAUUGAGUAAAUGCAACUUUUUAAAUGUCCUUUUAGGGCAAAAAAUUUAAAUAAUUAUAAUGAAUUCAUAGAAAAAUUAAUAUUGUUAUAUAAACUAUGUAACUCUAUUGGUGCUUGUGAUUGAUAUUUUUUUUAAGAAUUUAUUUUAGUCAUGAAAGUUUUACUGUAGAUCUUUUGGUUGCAAAAGUACCAGCUAAUUACAAUUUUUAUUUCUUGAUGAAUUGCAUGCAAAAUCAGUGUUUAUAAAUACUAAGUGAAAAUAUUAUGUAACACCAAUAAAUAUUGUGUGAUAAAACCAUUGUAUUCCUGAAUUUUCACAUAGCUAAAUAAUAUGUUCAUUGUAUAAUUUAUAUAUAUUCAAAUUUUAGUCCAGUAAAAGUAUACCUAAAUUAAAAAGUCAAAUAAUCAAAGAUGACAUGGAUAAUAUUAUUGACAUGAGGGCUGAUAAUGAAGUACUUAAAAGGCAGUUGGAUGGUAAUUUACAAUAAAUACUUAAUAGUUUAGUUAAGAUUAAUUUAAUUAGUUACAAAAUGUAUAUUAUAUAAACAUAUAGUAAUGGUUUUGACUAUUAUUGACUAUGUUGUAUUUUAUUUUGUUUACAUAGAAGCAUUAGCUAAUCAUAAUGAAGCAUUGUUUCAUUUGACCAGAGUCACUGAAGAAAAAAAAUCCCUUCAACGCUCUUUAAAUGAAUAUAUUAAUAAUCAUUGCAAUUGUGACAAGGUACAAUUUAUUAAUAAAGCUUUUCGUAAUACAUGAUUUUAAAAUAUUUAUUAAAUUACCAUAAUUUUUAAUUUAAGGAUACAAGUGUUAUAUUGGAAAAUAAUAUGCAAUUAGUGGAACUAAAAUCAAAAAAUCAGGCUCUGGAAUCUAAAAUACACACGUAUGAAGAUAAAUUGAAAAAAGCUCUUGAUGAACAAAAUCAACUUUUAGACAAAAUUAACCAUUCUAAAAAUACAGGUGUGCAUGAUUUUAAAUUAAAAAUAUAUUAUAAUAUUUAUUAAAAAAUUAAAUUCUUGUAUUUACAGAAAAUGAUUUGAUGCUGGAAAUAGAGAAAUUGUCUGAUGAAAAAAAUUUACAAUCACAGCAUAUAUCACAUCUUGAAAAAAAUAUACAAAAAUCAAGUAAAUUAUUGAACAAAUAUAUAUAUUAAAAAUUAUUUAUAAAAAAUGUUUUUCUUAGAAACUGAACAAAAUUGCAAAACCAAAUCAUGGCAAGGAAAUAAAUGUUGUUUGUGUUCUAAUGUGACAACUGAUGUACUUAAACAAACUUUAGAUGCAGAUCGAAAUGAGUAUGAAAGAAAAUUAGAAAAGUUAAUUAAAUCUCAACUUGACCCAUUAACAUGUCGCAAAAAGUCAGGUGAUUUAGAAAUUGCUGUGAGUAAAUUACGAGCUGAACGGGAUGAAUACUUAUAUGAAAUCAACUGUUUAAAAAAACAACAUAAUGCAGAAGUAAUAUACACAGUAAUUAAUUACACAUUUAAUAAAGAUCAAUUUUAUUAGUAUAUUUCUUCAUAGAUUUUAGAUUUGAAAAGGAAAAAUGAAGAAAUGAAAAGAGAAGAGUAUGAAAGAUCAGACAGACAAUGUAUUUUAAAGCUCAGAAGAGAAAAAGAUGAGUUUGCUGAAGAAAUCAUUGGUUUAAAAAAAGAAAUUGAUUUCUUAAAUUCUCAACUUAAGGUAAGUAAUAUUUUAUAAUUUAGUUUAAGGAUAUGAUACCAAAUUAAAUUGUAUAUAGAAAACGAAAGAGUCUAUAGAGAAUAACGAAUACAAUGAACGAGAAUAUGUGCAACAAUUAGAAAAUGAAAAACAUCAGUUGAUUGAAAAACAUCGUUCACUCACAUGGGAAAAUAGAAAUAAACAACGUGAUACAGAAAAAUACCUCAGAGAAAUUUCUUAUUUGAAAGCUGAAUUAAAACGCCAAAUAUCUAUGAUGGAUGAUCAAAAGUAAGAAUUUUGGUAAAUAUUUAUAUAAUUAAUAAUUGAUAUACUGAACUAAUUAAAAACUAGACGUUGUCAAGAUCGUCUUGAACGUGCCCUACAAUCUACACAGUUUGCUCAAAGUGCUUCUGAAGAACAAUUGGAGCGACUGCAUGUUCGAAUAGAAGAAUUAAAACUUAUGAAUAAUAAACUUAAUGAUCAAUUAAUUGAUGAGCAACAAGAACGGCAUAAAUUUAAAAACACCACAAUCGCUAUUGAUCAUCAACGAGAUUCUCUAACAGUAAAUAUUAAAAUAAUUUUUAUAUGAUUUAUACUUAUUUAAAUUUAUAGCAAUUAUUAUUUAGUAGGUAUUUUUCUGUGAAUAAAAUUGUUUAAUCAAUUAAAAAUUCUUAAGCAUUUAACAGGAGGUUCAUUUUAAACUUAUAAGCUAUUUUUGACCAAGAAAAAGUCUAUGUAAUGGAUUUUUUUAUAAGACUUCUGAUAUCAAAUUUUUAAAAAAUUGUAAAUAUUGUAGCCUUUUCAAAAUAUGUUCAAUCAAACUUUGCUCUGAAUCAGUUAUGUUUGCAAUGAUUUAUUGUUACUCAAGGAUAAAAAUUAAAUAACUUAUAACCUUUCCAACUUCUGUCCUACAAUAAUGGCACACCCAUUAUCAUCAGAUUGUUUAUUUAAGAAAAUUUGUAAUACAAAUAAUAAUAAUAAUAAUAAAUAAUAAAUAAUAAAGAAUAAGCCUUUAAGCAAUGAGUAUAGAAACAAGGUUGUUGUAAGCAACACGGUUAUAAACAAAGACCGGAUCUGUAUGCAUUUUAAAUUGUAAAAUAUGUAAGCAAACAUUCACUAAAAAAAAGGCAAGAUAUGCAAGAAAAAAAAAGCAAAGCAUGCAUUAUAAAAUUUAAAUUUUAUAGUGAUAAUUAAUUAUCAAUUUUAUUAAAAUUCCAUAAACAAAAAAAAGUAAAUAAGUAAAUAGUAUAUAUUGGUAUAUAAUAGGGAAAAAGUAUAACAAAUUUAAUGUAGUAGGCAUGUUAAUUGGAAAAACAAUAAGUUAUCCAAGUGUGUUCCAUGUUUAUUUCUGUAAAAUUAUGACUGUGUAUAUGUUAGGAUGUACUUGUAAAAUGAAAAACUGCGUUCAGCGUCAACACUGGUUAAUAGUGCAUAUUUAAAAUUGGCUAAUACAUCUGGUGAAUUAUUUGGAACAGACAAAUUGUUGAAGUUAACAAUGUCACCUUAAAGUAUUUUUGAAAUUUUUUUAAAACUAUUUGUCCUUUACUUUUAUCAAAAUAGAACAUGGAACAUUUAUCAAAAACAUUUUAAAAUUUUGUUUUAAUUAUUGUACUAUUUGCGCUCGUAGGAAUAUUCUUUGUAACGUAAAAUAUUUGAUAUAUAUAACGUACCUAUAAUCGUUUUCUUUUUGUUUGACACCUUAUUAGACCGUGAGGUGUAUUUUUAUCAAAAUAUGCAAAAGUAUGCAGUAUAAAAUUUUGAUAUUCAAUCAGUUAGAUUUUGAUUCAUGGACACUCAUUGACUGCAUAUAUAUGAUGUUGAAAAUAGCAACACGCAUUUUAUGCAAAAUCUGGUCUUUAGUUAUAAACAAAGUAUAAUAUUUACUUUGUCUGUUAAAAAAAAAAUUAUUGAAAAUAUUUUUACUUAGAUUACAUAUCAUUAUAUUUUUAGAAUGAAAUAGAAAAAAAAACAAAACGUAUUUCUCAUCUAGAUUCAUUGGUUAUGGAUAAAGAAAAACAAAUUCAAUCAUUGAAUUCAAAACUAGCCGAUGCUGCUAACAAAAUUGCGUAAGAAUAAACAAACCUAUAUUUUAAAAAAUAUGUGAUGCUAAUUUAUUUAAUUUGAAUACUAUUCAACAGAAAUGCACUAAGUUCUCAAUCAAAUACUGAACAAUUGUGUGACCGUUUAAAGAUAGAGCUUUCCAAUAUUAAAUCAGAGUAUAAAUUAAUCGAAAGUAGCACUGGUGGUCAACAAAAAGAAAAGAAGUAAAUUAAGUAUUAUUAGAAAAAUAACAUAAAAUUAAUAUACCUAAGUACUGUAAUAUAUAGUGUUCCAGAGUGAUCUCUAUAAAUUUAAAAUUAUUAAUGAAGAAAAAAAAAUAGUAUGGUCUAUAAAGUAUUGUUACCUCAAUUUUUAAUAUUUUUUUUUUUUUUUUUUUAUAAGAAUAACUAAUUAAAACACAAUAAACUUAAUAUUCACAGAAAUAAUUUUUAGUUCACAAGUAACAAAUUACUCAAUAUGUAUUGAUUACACUUCUUCUUUUUAGGAGACUUCAAAAUGAUUUAGAUAUGGUUGUUCAAGAUAAUAAAGUGUUGCGUUCAGAACUAGAAGUAUCUAGAAAACAAGCUGAAGAUUUAAAGAUGCAGUUACAGGUUUAUGUUUUAGAGGUAAGACGAGUAGAAGAGAUGCUUGAAGCUAAAGAAUCUGAAAGAGAAGAAAUAUUAGAACAGUUUAAAACAUUAAAUUGUGAAGCCACUCAGUUAGAAAACAAUAAUCACAGUCUCGAAAGUGAAGCAAAGUCUACUAAAACACUACUUAGAGAAAAGGAGCAUAGGUUGUCUGAUUUGCAACGUAAUCUUGUUGAUAAAGAAGGUCUUAUAUCCAGUUAUGAAUCCCAAGUAAAACUAGGAAAAAUUAAUAAAUUUAUCACCUAUUUAUAAUUAUGUUUUUUUUUCUUAUAUUUAAAAUUAGAUUUCUGAUCUAACCCAUCAAGUAGUAUCAUUAGAAUCCCAAUUGACUUCAAAAAACAAUAAUAUUGCUAAACUAGAACACGACUUAGACGCUUGCAGAGAAAUAUGUUCAACUGUAGAUUCAGCCAAAUUUAAUUUGAAUGAACGUCUAAAUCAUGUUGAAAAUUUAAAACAAAAAGCUGAAGAGGAACGUUUACAACUAUUAGAUGAAUUAUCCAUUUUAAAUGUGCAACUAGAAAGGGAACGCUCAAAAGUAUCCACUUUAGAAUCAGUAUUGAAUGACUCUAGGCAAGAGUGUAUGAAAUUAACUAUUAAUAAUAAUAAUUUAGUAGAACGCCUAGAAGACGGGGAACAAAAAUCAAAACAUAUUAUAGAAAAACUGUAAGUACAAAUAAAAAUUAACUUCAAAUUUUAAUGAAUUUGUUAGUACUUAUUAUAAAUUGAAAAUAUUAUAGUGAAAAAACAAAAAGUGAAUUAAACUUGUGUCGUUCUACAAUAACAUCAUUAGAAAAAGAAAUUAAUGUAUUAAAAAGACAACUUAAUGAUGUCAAAUUUGAAAAAGCAAAAUUAGAACAAACUAGAAGGUAAUACAUAUAUUAAUUAUUUUUAACAUUUUUUAGAAAUUUGUUUAAUUAUUUUAUUUUAUUUAUGUUUGACUAUAGGGAGUUUCACAGUACAACAUUAUAAUAAAUUAAAUAAUGAUUUAAGCACAUAUAUAUUAAUUACCUAUUGUUAUGUUAUAGACCCAAUCAUUUUUAAUAAUUGAUUAAACUAAAUUUAAAAUUAUUAUAUAUGACUGUCAAUCAACUUACU